CAACGCUCAGCCUCCUCUGACAGCAAGUCCCCCACACUUUUACUUCUGCUGCAGAGUAGCUGUCUCUACUUCUUCUUCUUCUUAAAUCAUGUAAGGACACAGAAGUUGCAGGGGAUUGUUCAGACACAUUUCAAAGCGUUGCUGCUACACUAUGCAUGAAGAGAGACGUGAACAGUCAUGUUGAAGCUGUGUGGAAGGAUAUAUACUAACAGACUGAAUUCUGCUUGUUAUAAACUGAGAUACAGACAAACCGAUACGUUUUUGAAAUGCUGUAUGUAGCUGGAUCCUGCAUCCAAACAUGGGUCAUCCUCGUAUGCACCUUGAUUGUGACUCCAUUUCAUUGUAUGGCCUCCUUAAAGAAGGCUACCUGCAUUGUGCAAGAUGACAGGGCUGAUUGCAGUCAUCUUAGCCUGAGCUCAGUCCCUCAGGAUCUUCCCAGCAACAUCACCAGCCUGGAUAUGUCCCACAACAGAAUGACGGCAGCUCAUCCAGACUCAUUGAAACAGUAUGCAGGACUUUUGCACCUCAACAUCAGUUACAACAACAUCAAAUACCUGGAUGAGGGCUUGUGCAGGAACCUGGCUCAGCUGCAGACCCUAAACAUGAUGCAUAACCAAGUGUAUUUACUGAAAAAAGAAGACCUGAGCCACUGCACCAAGCUAACAUGGUUGAAUAUGGCUAGCAACAAGUUAAAGCUGCAAGGAGAACCCUUCUCCUUACUUCAGAGCCUGGAAUUUCUUGAUGUCUCCAUAAACAAACUGCAGUCAGCCAGGCUUGGCUCACAGCCUCAGCUGCCCAGCUUGGUAACUCUGGAUCUCGGGCAUAAUGAUUUUACCACUCUGAAAAGUGAAGACUUUUCUUUUCUAAAGGACUCACAUUUUCUGCAAGUUAUCAACCUGAUGUCGUCUGUGUCCCUAGAAAAACUGGAGCCUGGUUGCUUUAAGCCGAUUUCAUCCUUACGUAUGUUAUCCCUUGAUGGUAGCCGAAAGAGCAGCACGUUGAUUCCUGAUCUCUGUUCGGAGCUCUCUCGAACAGCCAUUGGUGCCCUGUCUCUUAGGGAUAUUGGGCUGAAGAAUCUUACAAACAGAACCUUCUUAGGACUGAAUAAAACAAACCUAACACUUCUGGAUCUGUCCAGCAAUAGCAUAAGCAAAAUUGAAGACGGCUCCUUCCAGUGGCUGUCUGGACUUCAGACUCUUAACAUGACUGGCAACAACAUUAAGCACCUUACCCGAGGAACCUUUAACGGCCUUAAAAUGUUGAAAAACCUACAGCUGACCAAAGCAUUGGUGAAAAGUCAGAAAUCAUCUCUCCCUGUUAUUGAUGAUUUCUCUUUUCAGCCACUAAGCAACCUGGAGAGCCUAAAGUUACAGAACACUGUAUUUGCCAACAUCACAGAGAAUACUUUCAAAGGCUUGAUAAGUCUUAUAGAACUUGACUUGAGCUGGAAUAGUUACCUACACACAGAAAGAAAACUCACCAAUAAGACGUUUGUCUCUCUUGCUGAUUCACCUCUCAGAAAGUUAAAUCUAGAAGGCAAUGCUUUGGUGGCCAUUGAACCUGGGAGCUUCUCGUGUCUGAAAAACCUCUCCAUUCUUCUUCUAGAUCGCAACUUUAUCUCGCAAAUGUUCAGUGGCAAAGAAUUCGAAGGUCUUGCUCAGUUAAAAGAGCUUCACAUUAGCAAUAAUGUCCAGGCCAUUGACCUGACCCCUGAGUCAUUUGUCAAUGUGACCAAUCUUAGUGUGCUGACGUUGGGAAAGAGUCUGAAAGCCGAAACCUUGAACCAUGAUUCCUCUCCAUUUCGUCCGUUGUCCAACCUUACUGUGUUGGACCUCAGCAACAACAACAUCGCAAACAUCAGAGAGAAUAUGUUAGAGGGGCUUGAGAACCUCAGGGUACUGAAACUCCAACACAACAACUUAGUCCGGUUGUGGAAGAUGGCUAACCCUGGUGGCCCUGUCCUGUUUCUCAAACACACAUGGAGGCUGAUAAGCUUUGACAUGGAAUUCAAUGGAAUGGAUGAGAUUCCAAUGGAAGCUUUCAGGAAUUUGUCCCACCUCAGGGAGCUUACCAUUAGCAACAAUCUGUUAAACAAUUUUCGGCACUCUGUUUUUGAUGAUCUUACAUCCCUUAAAGUUUUACGCCUGGAGAAGAAUAUGAUCACUUCGGUCAGAGCAGAAGUGUUCAAAAGUCCCCUGAGCAACCUCAGCGUCCUCGUCAUGGGCAAAAACACAUUCGACUGCACCUGCGAGAGCAUCUUGUGGUUUGUCACAUGGUUGAAUAACACUAACACUAGUGUGCCAGGUCUCAGAGACCAGUAUAUAUGCAACACCCCGCUACUUUACUUCAAUCACUCCAUCAUGGACUUUGACCCACUGUCUUGCAAAGACAAAACCCCAUUUCAGGCCCUUUACAUACUAACCAGCACAGCAGUUUUAAUGCUGAUUCUCAGUGCCCUUAUUUAUCGAUUCCAUGGCUGGAGGAUUGUGUUUUACUGGAACAUAUUGAUCAAUCGCACAUUAGGAUUUAGUGAUGCCAAAGUAGAGGAGGGCACAGAGUUUGAGUAUGAUGCUUACGUCAUACAUGCCGAGGAAGACACCCGCUGGGUGGAGAGACGAAUGUACCCUUUAGAGCAGAAAACCUGUCGAUUUUGUUUGGAGGACAGAGAUUCCAACAUUGGCAUGUCCCAGCUUGAGUCCAUUGUGAAUAAUAUGGAAAAAUCUAGAAAAAUCUUGUUUGUGGUGACCGAGAAUCUCCUCAAUGAUCCCUGGUGUGGACGAUUUACAGUCCACCAUGCACUUCACCAGGUCAUCGAAUCCAGCAGAGACUCUGUUGUCCUGAUUUUCCUGCAGGAUGUACCCGACUACAAGUUAUCUCACUCACUUUUCCUCCGCAGAGGCAUGUUGCAAGAACGUUGUAUCCUGAACUGGCCUCCACAGAAGGAGAGGAUCCCAGCUUUUUACCAGAAGCUUCUCAUUGCUCUUGGAAUGACUAAUCAAUUGCAGGAGUGACUGUUUCUCAAGUUUUGAAAUGUGAUUGUUGUUACCUUUAUGGUGCAUUCACACCGAAUGCGAUUCCAGUGAAUUUUUCGCUUCUUUCGCGUGCUGUUGCUCACCAGAUGUGAAAUUACGAACGUGCCUCUACUUAGCGACAACAUGUAAAUUACUCGUUCCGCUCGUUCGGUCUGAACCAUAAGGCACUGUUUUUCCCAGCUGUGUAAAUAUUCUGCUUUUAUAUGGCCUAUUCAAAACAGGAGCUGAAUUUGUUUUGUAGUUCUAUAGUGUGGCAUAACUUGACCAAAUGACACAAUAAUGCCAUAAUGCCCAAAACAUGAUAAGGGCACAUUUUGGAGGCCAAGCAAAGAGCGUGACUAUGGUGAAACAUUGGGGGAACGUUUAAAUAUAUCAAUGGUUAGACCCCAACUAGAUGCCAAAGAGCAAGUGUAAUCUGAAGUAUGAUUGCUUAUGUUACCAAAUAUUUGCUACAUCUACAUGGUGAACUCAUGGGGGUUGUUAGCAGCUUUUGGCCUACCAAAAAGAAGACAUGGAUGUUAUUAGCAACAAGGCAAGAAAUUUUACUUAAGGGAACUGGCAUGCUUCGUGGGUUUUUAACAAAUUUUAAAAUCCACAACAUGUCUGGACUCUACACUACUUUAGGCCUGUAUUAAAAAUGUACAUCGCCACCCUAAUAAUACAUUUGCCAGUACUGUCAGCAUUUAUUUGCAAAUUUAUGUGCAUGGGACAAAUGUUACUUUUAACAGUCUCAUUUUGUAAAAAGACACCCAUUUACCAUUAAAAUUAUGACCAGUAGGCUUUGACCUGGGUGUAGCCCAAGCGCAGGCCUGGUUAUGUCCAAAAAUCAACACUCCACUCUCCCUCUAGGAGAAAUUUCAGUAACAGAGACUAAUCUGAUAUGAAGUAAUCAGAGUAGAUAAGGACAUAGAGUAGUGCUGAUUCGAGUAAAUCCUUGCUUUCAAUUCUGGACAACUAUAAACAUUGUCUCUGUUUUCUAAUCCCGCUUUGUGAUAAUGCUGUAUAAACGUUAAAAGCUUUUCUAAUCUCUGUCUUUGACUUCCACAGUUUAUGACAGCUCAGAACCACAACAGUGCGUCAAAAAGCAUGUUGGUGGCAUCUCUUAAGUAGAAGUGUCUAGUUAUUGUUCUAUUCUGUAAGUCCUCCAGAGUGAAGGGCUGAAAGUUAGUUGAUGUACUUUUGAAACUACCUUACUGGUAUGUGUUUAAUAUUACCAAAUACCUUGAAUCACCAUGUUCUUAGAUUUGACCAAUCUUCUUGGCCUAUUUUUCAGCUGUAUUGUACCUUCAUGCAACAAAAAAUAAAUAAAUAUUCUUUUUCAAUAA